AUGACCGAUGCCCAGAUGGCCGAUUUCGGGGCGGCGGCCCAGUACCUCCGCAAGUCAGAGAAGGAGCGUCUAGAGGCCCAGACCCGGCCUUUCGACAUCCGCACUGAGUGCUUCGUGCCGGAUGACAAGGAAGAGUUUGUCAAGGCCAAGAUCUUGUCCCGGGAGGGAGGCAAGGUCACUGCCGAGACGGAGAACGGCAAGACGGUGACUGUGAAGGAGGACCAGGUGUUGCAGCAGAACCCGCCCAAGUUCGACAAGAUUGAGGACAUGGCCAUGCUGACCUUCCUGCACGAGCCUGCAGUGCUUUUCAACCUCAAGGAGCGCUACGCAUCCUGGAUGAUCUACACCUACUCGGGCCUCUUCUGCGUCACCGUCAACCCCUACAAGUGGCUGCCGGUGUACAACGCCGAGGUGGUGGCCGCCUACCGGGGCAAGAAGAGGAGCGAGGCGCCGCCCCAUAUCUUCUCCAUCUCCGACAACGCCUACCAGUACAUGCUGACAGAUCGGGAGAACCAGUCAAUCCUCAUCACCGGAGAAUCUGGGGCAGGGAAGACUGUGAACACGAAACGUGUCAUCCAGUACUUUGCCAGCAUCGCAGCCAUAGGUGACCGUGGCAAGAAGGACAACGUCAAUGCAACCAAGAUGCAGCCCCACGCUCUGCUCCCUCUGCAGGGCACCCUGGAGGACCAGAUCAUCCAGGCCAACCCCGCCCUGGAGGCCUUCGGCAACGCCAAGACGGUCCGGAACGACAACUCCUCCCGCUUCGGGAAAUUCAUCAGGAUCCACUUUGGAGCCACUGGAAAGUUGGCUUCUGCAGACAUAGAAACCUAUCUCCUGGAGAAGUCCCGGGUGAUCUUCCAGCUGAAGGCUGAGAGGAACUACCACAUCUUCUACCAGAUCCUGUCCAACAAGAAGCCAGAGCUGCUGGACAUGCUGCUGGUCACCAACAACCCCUACGACUACGCCUUCGUGUCUCAGGGGGAGGUGUCCGUGGCCUCCAUCGACGACUCCGAGGAGCUGGCGGCCACGGAUAGCGCCUUCGACGUGCUGGGCUUCACUCCUGAGGAGAAGGCCGGUGUCUACAAGCUGACGGGCGCCAUCAUGCACUACGGAAACAUGAAGUUCAAGCAGAAGCAGCGGGAGGAGCAGGCCGAGCCCGACGGCACUGAAGAUGCUGAUAAGUCCGCCUACCUCAUGGGGCUGAACUCAGCUGACCUGCUCAAGGGGCUGUGCCACCCUCGGGUGAAGGUGGGCAACGAGUACGUCACAAAGGGGCAGAAUGUCCAGCAGGUGUACUACUCCAUUGGGGCGCUGGCCAAGGCCGUGUACGAGAAGAUGUUCAACUGGAUGGUGACGCGGAUCAACGCCACCCUGGAGACCAGGCAGCCGCGCCAGUACUUCAUAGGCGCCAACUCGGAGGUGGCCCAGUGGAGGACCAAGUAUGAGACGGACGCCAUCCAGAGGACCGAGGAGCUGGAGGAGGCCAAGAAGAAGCUGGCCCAGAGGCUGCAGGACGCCGAGGAGGCCGUCGAGGCCGUCAACGCCAAGUGCUCCUCGCUGGAGAAGACCAAGCACCGGCUGCAGAAUGAGAUCGAAGACCUGAUGGUGGACGUGGAGCGCUCCAACGCGGCCGCCGCGGCCCUGGACAAGAAGCAGAGGAACUUCGACAAGAUCCUGGCCGAGUGGAAGCAGAAGUACGAGGAGUCGCAGUCGGAGCUGGAGUCCUCGCAGAAGGAGGCGCGCUCCCUCAGCACCGAGCUCUUCAAGCUCAAGAACGCCUACGAGGAGUCCCUGGAGCACCUGGAGACCUUCAAACGGGAGAACAAGAACCUGCAGGAGGAGAUCUCCGACCUGACUGAGCAGCUGGGCUCCAGUGGAAAGACCAUCCACGAGCUGGAGAAGGUCCGCAAGCAGCUGGAGGCCGAGAAGCUGGAGCUGCAGUCGGCCCUGGAGGAGGCCGAGGCCUCCCUGGAGCACGAGGAGGGCAAGAUCCUGCGGGCCCAGCUGGAGUUCAACCAGAUCAAGGCAGAGAUGGAGCGGAAGCUGGCAGAGAAGGACGAGGAGAUGGAGCAGGCGAAGCGCAACCACCUGCGGGUGGUGGACUCCCUGCAGACCUCCCUGGAUGCGGAGACGCGCAGCCGCAACGAGGCCCUGCGGGUGAAGAAGAAGAUGGAGGGCGACCUCAACGAGAUGGAGAUCCAGCUCAGCCACGCCAACCGCGUGGCCACCGAGGCCCAGAAGCAAGUGAAGAGCCUCCAGAGCUUGCUGAAGGACACCCAGAUCCAGCUGGAUGACGCGGUCCGUGCCAACGAUGACCUGAAGGAGAACAUCGCCAUCGUGGAGCGGCGCAACAACCUGCUGCAGGCCGAGCUGGAGGAGCUGCGGGCCGUGGUGGAGCAGACGGAGCGGUCCCGGAAGCUGGCCGAGCAGGAGCUGAUCGAGACCAGUGAGCGGGUGCAGCUGCUGCACUCCCAGAACACCAGCCUCAUCAACCAGAAGAAGAAGAUGGAGGCAGACCUGUCCCAGCUUCAGGGCGAAGUGGAGGAGGCAGUGCAGGAGUGCAGGAACGCCGAGGAGAAGGCCAAGAAGGCCAUCACGGACGCCGCCAUGAUGGCGGAGGAGCUGAAGAAGGAGCAGGACACCAGCGCGCACCUGGAACGCAUGAAGAAGAACAUGGAGCAGACCAUCAAGGACCUGCAGCACCGGCUGGACGAGGCCGAGCAGAUCGCCCUCAAGGGCGGCAAGAAGCAGCUGCAGAAGCUGGAGGCCCGGGUGCGGGAGCUGGAGAAUGAGCUGGAAGCCGAGCAGAAGCGCAACGCGGAGUCGAUCAAGGGCAUGAGGAAGAGUGAGCGUCGCAUCAAGGAGCUCACCUACCAGACGGAGGAGGACAAGAAGAACCUGCUGCGGCUGCAGGACCUGGUGGACAAGCUGCAGCUGAAGGUCAAGGCCUACAAGCGCCAGGCCGAGGAGGCGGAGGAACAGGCCAACACCAACCUGUCCAAGUUCCGCAAGGUGCAGCACGAGCUGGAUGAGGCAGAGGAGCGGGCGGACAUCGCCGAGUCCCAGGUCAACAAGCUGCGGGCCAAGAGCCGCGACAUCGGCGCCAAGGUGGGUCCCUCCCCAGACCCCGCUACUCAGCCCCCUAGCAGCGCGGCCCCAAUUCAGCUGGGGCCCGGGUCUGUGGGCAUCCUGAGACUCUGCAGCCAGCUGACACCAAACUGA